CUUGAGGACCAGGGUUGGGAAACACUGUUCUAGAGUAUCCAAAGCUCUUUUCAGUGGAAAAAUGUAUUGUUGUGGCUGCUAAAUGAGGGAUGGCGACCUUUACCUUAUUUACUAGAAGUGAAGUAAACCUGUUUUGCAAGUCUUUGUUGAUCUAUAACUAAGGUUGCUGUUAAAGUGUGGCCACAUUACUCUCUGGACCCACCUUGGAGCUCUUCCUCUUCUUACGAACAACAAAAGCUGUUAUAAGAACGACUGGUUAUGGCUUUGCGACCCAGAGCUUCCUCCCAGCCAGGAAAACUUUCCCUGCCUCUGAUCACCAAGGUGACCUCGUCCCUUCGUCCACGAGCCGUUUCCUCUCGCUCAGGCUCCAUGCUGGAGGACGAGCUGUCUUGUCCCAUCUGCUGCGAGAUCUUCAAGGAGCCAGUCGUGCUGAAGUGCAGCCACAGCUUCUGCAGGGCCUGCCUGCAGCAGUUCUGGAACAAGAAGAAGGCGCGGCGUGAGUGUCCCGUCUGCAGGAGGAAGUGCUCUCUGACGGAGCCCACGGUCAGCCUGGCCCUGAAGAAUGUGGCAGACACCUUUCUGAAGGAGCAGGAGAGGAGGACGGCUGUCGCCAGGCCGGGGACGGGGGCUGGCGUGGCCACGGAGGAAGCGGCGGUGCUGGAGGAGAAGUGUGCAACACAUGGGGAGAUUCUCAAACUCUUUUGUAUGGAUGACUUUGAAGUCUUGUGCUGUGUGUGUCACACUUCCAAGAAGCACCAGGGACACCAAGUGUGUCCUCUAGAUGAAGGAGCACAGGAUCUGAAGUCAGAACUGAAGAAGGAGCUGAUCCCCUUGAAGAAGAAUCUGCGGCGCCUGUAUGAAGCCAAGCAGGAGUGUGAUGACACAACUGUGCACAUCAAGAACCAGACGGAGUCCACAGAGAAGCAGAUACGGCAGGAGUUUGAGGAGCUUCGGGAGUUUCUGGAGCGGGAGGAGGAAGUGAGACUGGCCGCCCUGCAAAAGGAGGACGAGGAGAAACAGGAGCUGGUGAGGAAGAAGUCUGAAAGCAUAACCAGAGACAUCCUCACUUUCUCCCACGCCGUCAUCGCCAUUGAGAAUGAGAUUGCAUCCAGUGAUGCUCAGUUCCUCCAGAAUUACAUCAGUGCAAAGAAAAGAACACAGCUUCCCCAGAAAGGUCCGGAAAAACUGUCAGGUGCCCUUAUAAAUGUGGCCAAGCAUGUGAGCUCCCUGAAAUACCACGUCUGGGCAAACAUGGGGGAACUGGUGAAGUACACUCCCAUCACCCUGGAUCCCAACACCGCCUACUCCUGGCUGUCGCUCUCCUCAGACCUGACCAGCGUGGCCAACAGUGGAUCCCUCAAGCAGCUCCCAGACAAUCCCGAGCGUUUUGGUCACUUUGUGUUCGUGCUGGGGUCAGAGGGCUUCACCUCAGGCUGCCACGCCUGGGAGGUGGAGGUGGGCGGUAAAGAGGACUGGAUGCUCGGCGUGGUCAAGGAAACCAUAGACAGGAAAGGACGAAUUUCAGGGUGCCCUGAGGGGGGGUUCUGGAUGAUCUCUCUCUCUGAGGGCGAGUACUCGGCGAUGACGAGGCCCAGCACGCCGCUCCACCUGGAGGGCGACCUGACCCGGGUCAGGGUGCAGCUUGACUACGCGGCCGGAGAGGUCAUUUUCUCCAACCCUGUGACCAUGAAGCCCGUCUACACCUUCAAUGACGUUUUCACUGAAAAGAUGUAUCCCUUCUUCUGCCCCGGAGUCAACAUCAACGGGAGCAACCCUGAACCUCUGAAGAUCUGCCCCGCCAAGGUGGCCGUGUGGAACAGCGCGACCUGGUGAUAUGGAAGCACUGAUGUGUUACAUCGCACAUGUGAUGAUGUUUUUGGGCAGGUGUGAACUGAGCCUGAUAUAAAGAAGUACUGUCUUUAUUGAUUUUUUUUUUUACAUUAACACCAGACACUCUUAUAAUAACUCCAUUAAUUGCCUUUCUGUUUCUCAAUCAGCUGCAGCAGAGAGAGCAUCAUUCUCCCCCUGGUGGUAAAAAAACACACAUUUUAAAUCUCACACCAUGUUUUAAUCUUACAAAUCACCCGGAUAAAAGAGAGUUUUCUGAUAUCGAGAUUUUUAUGUGCUACAAGGGUUCCCACUCACUCUUUAAGGUAAAAAUGCGUUUCAUAAGAAUAUUCUGGACAUUAAAUCAGAAGGACUGAGAAGUGCAAAAAAAAAA